UUCAGAGAGUGGGGAAACUUUUAAAUACAGGCGUGUUGCUUUCAAUUGACUUGCAAUGGACUCGACUACUGCAAAGAAAUCCCAUAUCAAAUCUUUCUUAACCGUAACCUCCAUCCAUGGCUUCUCAAAUUCUCUUGCUUACUCUAUCUUUAAUUAUUUACUCUCCCUUCUUAUCCUCUUCAGCUUCCAUUUAUUCUUUAACCAAAGCCUCAUCUUUAUCUGUACACAACACAAAUGAUUUUUUAAUUUCCCCACAAGCCAGUUUCCUUGCCGGAUUCUUCCCCGUCGGCGACAAUGCCUACUCCUUUGCCGUAUGGUUCAACGAACCACUAUGCGGCAACAACUGUACUGUCGUUUGGACGGCAAAUCGCGACAAACCCGUUAACGGGAAAAAAUCCCAGUUAUCUCUGCUAAAAUCCGGCAAUCUGAUCUUAUCAGAUGCCGAUCAACUCACCGUUUGGGCUACCAAUACCAUUUCAGAAACUUCCGUUGACUUAUAUCUUGAGGAAAACGGCAAUCUUGUUUUAAAGAACUUAAACGGCGUCGUACUCUGGCAAAGUUUCGAUUUUCCGACGAACACUAUUCUUCCUCUUCAGCCUAUUACCAAGAAUUGGCCGCUUGUUUCGUCGAGAAGUGAAAGUAAUUACAGUUCAGGUUUCUUUAAGCUUUAUUUCGAUACUGAUAAUGUUCUUCGUCUUCUUUAUGAUGGUACGGAGACUUCAAGUAUAUACUGGCCGGAUCCUGAGCUUUUAAGCUGGGAAGCUGACAGGUCUAGUUAUAAUAAUAGUAGAGUUGCUUAUUUUGAUUAUUUGGGCAAUUUUAAUUCUACUGAUGGUUUCACUUUUUCGUCUGCGGAUUAUGGAAUUCGAUUACAGAGAAGGCUGACUAUUGAUUUCGAUGGAAAUCUUCGAUUGUACAGUCGAAAAAAUCGGAAUAAUCGAUGGAGUGUUUCAUGGCAAGCUACGUCUCAACCGUGUAGGAUUCAUGGGAUUUGUGGACCGAACAGUGUCUGUAGUUAUGAUCCUUAUUAUGGUAGGACUUGUUCUUGUCUUGAAGGGUACAAGAUGAAGGAUGCGGGUGACUGGUCUUUGGGUUGUGAGUCUGAAUUCAAUGAUGAUUUAUGUUCGGGAAAUGAGUUCACUUUCCGUCGGCUUACUCAUGUCGAGUUUUAUGGGUAUGAUUUCGUUUUCCGUUCUAAUUAUACGUUAGAUAUGUGCAAAAAAGUAUGCUUGCAGAGAUGUGAUUGUUUAGGCUUUCAAUUCAAAUUCAUCAAGCAUGAUUAUCCUAGUAAUGUUCCUUAUUGUUUCGCGAAAUCUUCGUUGCUUAACGGACAUCAUUCACCGAAUUUCGAAGGUGAUCUUUACUUGAAAGUGCCUAAAAGAAGUCGUUCGUCUGUCAAAAAGUUCAGUCUAGAUUGCUCGGUUGAUGUUGUCAAGCAGAGUGAUAGAGUGUAUACCAAACACCAUGAAAAUGGAUCAUUGGAGUUUGUCGUUUGGUUUGCUUUAAUUUUUGGGAUGAUAGAGUUGAUUGUUAUUUUCCUGGUAUGGUGUUUAUUGAUUAAAACCCACCAGAAAACAGGAGCAAUUAGAGCAGGCUACCUUCAAAUUGCGACAGGCUUUCGAAAAUUCAGCUACGAUGAGCUGAAAAAGGCGACUCGAGGUUUCAGAGAAGAGAUUGGAAGAGGAGCAGGAGGAAUUGUAUACAAAGGCAUAUUAUCCGAUAAUCGAGUAGCAGCGAUAAAGAGGCUAACCAUAAAUGAAGCAGAGCAAGGAGAAGCAGAAUUCCGAGCAGAAGUUAGCGUCAUUGGCAAGCUUAAUCAUAUGAACUUAAUCGAAAUGUGGGGAUAUUGCGCUGAAGCAAAUUACCGACUUGUCGUUUACAAGUACAUGGAGAAUGGAUCUUUAUCUGAAAACCUCUCAGCUAAAAGACUCGAAUGGAAGAAGAGACACGGCAUUGCAUUAGGUACGGCCAAAGGCCUCGCGUAUCUACACGAAGAGUGCUUAGAGUGGAUUCUACACUGCGACGUUAAGCCGCAGAACAUACUAUUGGAUAGUGAUUACGAGGCAAAGGUAUCGGAUUUCGGACUGUCACAUCCAUUGAAAAGAGAUAGCCAUGAAAGUUCAAGAUUGUCGAAAGUAAGAGGAACAAGAGGGUAUAUUGCUCCAGAGUGGGUGCUUAAUCUUCCGAUCACAUCAAAAGUCGACGUUUAUAGCUACGGAAUGGUGUUGUUGGAGAUAGUAACUGGAAAGAGCCCAACAGAUGACAGAGGGCUGGUAAAAUGGGUGAGAGGAAAUAUUGAUAGCAGCUCUGAACUCUGGAUGGAGAAGAUUGUUGAUGUUAACUUGGAAAGCAAGUAUGACAAGAAACAAAUGGAGAUUCUUGUUGGAGUAGCUUUAAAAUGUGUUGAUGAAGACAGAGAUGAAAGACCCACCAUGAAACAAGUUGUUGAAAUGCUUCUACAAGACGGAAAAAACUGUGCUAAAUCUUUCCCAUCAUUCAGCAGAACUGAUUCUGGGCCAGGCCCAUCCGUGCCUGGGCAAGUUCAGACGGGAUCAAUUGGGCCCGGAUAGAUUCGGACUGGGACCAACCGAGCUUGACUCUUUAAUAUACAACUUCGUUCCAUCUAUAAAUUAGAUUUAUACGGGAUGAGCCCAGGCAUACUUGAAAUUUUUUUGGUCCGGUUCAAAUUGGACGGGCUUGGACGGACCUAGACGGAUAUCCAAAUCCAUGCACGGAUCUUUCUACUGUGUGAUGUUCUUAUGCUUCUAAAUUUAGAUUAACUACGGUAGAUUAUAAAAUAUGCAUAUAGUGAUUGUUAAUUAGGCAGACAUGUGAUGUUAGUUUGGUGAAACCGUUGAAGCCUUAAUAUAUUUUUUUUUUUGAGAGAGAA